AUAUCAUAUGACAAUUGAAUAUGAAUAUAAUUCCAUGUAAUUUCAGAUAAUUAAAUGGCCGAAAAAUAGAUUCUGUUGAUACAUAAGACAUUAGUAGUGCUGAGAUUCAACAGAUUUCUGUCCAAUCUGAAUAUACCGAGAAUGUCCACGGAUACUCGGCUACGAAAGAAUUCCACAAUGCCGUCCAGCUGGAUCGCCGAGAAGGAGAGAAAGUUGAAGUUGAGUUUAGAGGCACGAAGAAAGGAAUAUUCUUGUGGGAGUAGAUAUAUACCUCUAAAGGAUAUAAACACCUUGAAGAAGGAUCUACUGUAUAAAGAAAAGCUUAACAAGCCUGCUAAGAAAGGUAAAGGGCCUUCCAUCAACAAAAAAGAUCUUCAGAAAUUUCUGAGAGCAGAAUUUAAGCUUCAGGAUUUAGAUUUGUCGGAGAAGGUUUCAGUGUUUGUCGGUGACAUCACAACCCUUGAGAUUGAUGCUGUUGUAAAUGCCGCAAACAAUUCUCUACUGGGAGGGGGAGGAGUGGAUGGAGCAAUCCAUAGAGCUGCAGGCAAAUAUCUAUUCCAUGAGAACAGUACACUUAAUGGAUGUGAGGAUGGAGAAGCAAAGAUAAGCUGUGGUUACAAUCUACCAGCGAAGUAUGUGAUAUCAACAGUAGGUCCACGAGGUGAACACCCUGAUGUUCUGAAGGAGGCUUACUCCAACUCAUUACAGAUCAUGCUCGACAACUCACUCAGAUCUAUUGCGUUCCCCUGCAUCAGCACCGGUAUAUACGGUUACCCUAACCAGGAGGCGUGUUUGGUGGCCCUGAGGGUCGUGAGGAACUUUCUAGAAAAACAUCAUCAGGAAGUAGAUCGAGUGAUCUUCUGUUUGUUUCUUCAAGUAGAUGUUGAUAUUUACAACGAAUAUCUUCCCUACUUCUUCCCAAAGAUCGACAAGAUGGAGUCUACCAAACCAGAAGCAGAAGACGACAAAUCUAUAUCUGCUGAAUCCAAAGAUUCAGUUGAACCUAGUAAGAUAGAAGACGAUGUAAACUCCGUUUACAAUAAGAAAUCCGGGAACUUGCAGCAAGAUGAAAAAUCCACGAAUCUUGAAAAAGAAGAAAACUCGGCAAAAACUGAAGUAGGUGGAAUAGGAGAUGGAACAGGGGAUGGAACAGGAGAUGGAACAGGAGAUGGAAAAGGAGAUGGAACAGGAGAUGGAACAGGAGAUGGAACAGGAGAUGGAACAGGAGAUGGAACAGGAGAUGGAACAGGGUCUAAGUUGAGCAACCCUCUUCUUCAGUAAUCCAGAACAACCCGGUGAAAAAAAACGACUUAAAUUACAAUAUUGCAUUUUUUGAGAAAUUAUUCAUUUUCUAGUUUUGUUUGAAAACCAUUAAAUUCUGUAUUUGAUUUUGUAUGCAGAAAUAAAGCUAUUUAUUUUAAA